GAAGCCCCAGGCCACAUUGCCUUCUAGUAAACGGGUGAAGUCUACCUCUGAUGAACGCCUCCUACACCGCCCAAAAGCCCAGGUCACGUUACCUCCGGCUGUGGAAGAAACGGAGCCGCUCCAGAAGCUGUACAAUCUCCUGGAAGCCAAGGAGUUUAAGACACGGAUGGAAGGAGUGGCACUCCUCCUAGACCUGUGCAAAAGCAGCCCCCAGCUCGUCUCCACUAACACUGUCCAAAUUUUUGAUUAUUUUGUCCCGAGACUUGGUGAUACGCACAAGAAAGUGAAGCAGAAGGCGCUGGACGUGCUGGCUGAAAUCAUAGGCAUCCUGAAAGAUGGCUUAAACCCAGUGAUCAUCUGUCUGGUUGAAGGAAUAACAAACAACCUAAACUCAAAGGACCCCGGGGUUUAUGCCGCAGCUGUGAAAGCGCUGGAAGAAUCCAUGGCUCACUUAGCGCUUGUGGCAUGGGUUUAUCCCAGGAGCCCCGAAGUCGUCCAGCGCUACGCCCUGCCCGUGCUCUGGUCCUUCCUGGGGAACAAGGCGCUGCCUGUCCGAAGCGCCAAUGUCCGCACUGUGGUCACCAAGCUUGCCUGCGCCCUCUACAAGGUGAUGGGCGCCAAGCUGAGGAAGCAUGCUGCCAGCCAGCCUCCACAUGUGCGGGAAAACCUCUCCGACAUUUUGGGCUGGUGAAGGCUCGAUGACCUGCAGAGAGAUGACAAAGUGCUGAGUUGGACACCUCCGGACGUGACUUCUUAGCUGUGCCAAAAAGGACAGAAUGCAAAGGAAGGGUGUGCACCUGCCCCCGCUCUCUCCACCCCCCUUCCUAGUCGUGGCAUGG